AUGAAUCAGAACCCAUCCAUUUCUUUGCCUCACUCAUCUGCAGAAUACCUCAACGAAGAAGAGGUUAAAGAGACGGCACCGUUUUGCUCAUCAUCUUCAAUGGCACCUAAACAAACCAAGGCAGAGAAAAAGAUCGCUUACGAUGGGAAGCUCUGCCAGCUUCUGGAAGAAUACGGCCAAAUCCUUGUGGUGAACGCGGAUAACGUGGGAUCCAACCAGCUCCAAAACAUCCGCAAAGGCCUCCGCGGCGACUCCGUCGUCCUCAUGGGGAAAAACACGAUGAUGAAGCGUUCCGUCAGGAUACACGCAGAGAAAACAGGCAACAACGCAUAUCUCAACCUAAUCCCCCUCCUUGUCGGCAAUGUGGGAUUGAUUUUCACCAAGGGUGACUUGAAGGAGGUCAGUGAGGAGGUUGCUAAGUACAAGGUUGGAGCUCCUGCUCGCGUUGGGUUGGUUGCCCCAAUUGAUGUUGUUGUUCCUCCUGGCAACACGGGUCUUGAUCCAUCUCAGACCUCUUUCUUCCAGGUUCUGAAUAUUCCAACAAAGAUUAACAAGGGUACUGUGGAAAUCAUUACCCCUGUGGAACUCAUUAAGAAGGGAGAGAAGGUUGGAUCUUCUGAAGCUGCAUUGCUUGCUAAACUUGGCAUAAGACCUUUCUCAUAUGGGCUUGUGGUUCUUUCCGUCUAUGAUAAUGGGUCUGUAUUUAGCCCUGAGGUCCUUGAUCUUACCGAGGAUGACCUCAUUGAGAAGUUUGCCGCCGGUGUUUCCAUGGUUACUUCUCUUUCGUUGGCCAUCUCAUUCCCAACACUUGCAGCUGCCCCACAUAUGUUUGUGAAUGCCUAUAAGAAUGUCCUUUCUAUUGCUGUUGAGACAGAUUAUUCUUUCCCAGAGGCAGACAAGGUCAAAGAAUAUCUUAAGGACCCUAGUAAAUUUGCUGUAGCUGCUGUUGCUGCCCCUGCUGCUGCUUCGGGUCCUCCAGCUGCUGCAGCCAAAGUAGAGGAAAAGAAGGAAGAGCCAGCCGAAGAAUCUGAUGAUGACAUGGGUUUCAGUCUGUUUGACUAA